ACCUGGACUGAGCACAAGCACCAACAGCAAGACUGAGAAGAACACCAUGAAGACCUUCCUACUCCUAACCUCCCUCCUGGCAGUGGUGCUGGUGAGCCAGGCUGCAGAAGGAGAUGACAAUCAGCAUGCGUCUUUGGAUCUGAGCGACACCAAUGAGAAGAGAGAGAUGGAUGAGAGUGAUUUCCUGGAGGAAGAGGGUGAACUGGACGGACUGGUGGACGAUCUAGAACAGAAGCGUGAAAUGGGCUUUGCGGAUGACGCUGAUGAAAGCCAGGGGGAGAAGAGAGAGUUGGAAGGAGACGACAAUCAGCAUGCAUCUCUGGAUGUGAGCGACACCAAUGAGAAGAGAGAGAUGGAAGCUAAAGACAUUAAGGAUGAAUCAGUGGAUUGGACCAACGAGAACUACCAAGCCCAGAAGAGAGAGAUUGAUGAGAGUGAUUUCCUGGGGGAAUCGGGUGAACUGGACGGACUGGUGGACGAUCUAGAACAGAAGCGUGAAAUGGGCUUUGCGGAUGACGCUGAUGAAAGCCAGGGGGAGAAGAGAGAGUUGGCAGGGAGUGAGAAUAAAGGCCUACAAGGAAAGCGCUGGCUUGGAUGCAGACAUGAUUCCAGAACCCUCACCUGCUACCAUAGUCAUUCUUGCCAUCAUUAUCGUUACCGCCACUGCACCCGCCACCCUAGUCCUCGUUGCUCAAAACAUGUGCAUUUGCGCUGUUUAAUAGUUAAAAGGCACUGCGUGAGGCUCAGGAGAUGCCAUUAUCACCACUAUUACAACCACAAAUCCUGCCUCAGUUGCACUGUCCAUCGAUGGUGGAAGAAUAUGUAAGAAGGCCCUGAGAUCACUAGGCAGUGACCCCCUCAAUGCUUUACACGCAUCAAUGCAACCUCCUGCAGUGACAACAUUUUAAAUGCUCAGUUAAUGUACAGAGUAACUCCUAUCUACAGUACUUAAUUUAUUACAGAACAAUCAAACGCAUUACAAUAAUUCAGGACUAUGCAAUUGUAAACAGUACAAACACGUUAUACCCAUCACUCACUCUUAGGAGUUUUGUUUUAAAUCUUGUAAAAACAAAUCUUUCUUUCUUUGUGUUAAAGUGCUGCCUGUUGCAGGAUGCCAAUGUUUUCCAAAGCUUCUGCUCAAAAUGCAAAAAUAAAGACUUAUGCAAGCAUCAGA